AUGGAUUUAUUAGGGAAGUUCUACUGGGUGACAAACAGGCCAUGUCGGAGCCGAGUGACUCAACGGCAGAUCAACAAAGCGUCGCCCAGAGACUUCGACAUCACAUCGGUGGCUCUGCACUCCCCAGGAGGUCCUGACAAAAUCAUUCGCAGUCAAUCAUUUUCCGGCUUCAGUACCCUGCAGGAGAAAAAGUCGAGGUGCCAUUCUUUUCUUGGGAUCUCUACUGCUCACAGGAAGACAGAAUCAAAACCCAAGAAACUUCUGGUCCUGGGUCACCGAAGCAGCAACACCUUGCAAGAAUAUCAGCCUAAAAGAGUGCAGGAGAUCUAUGAAGCUUUAAAAGACGGACUUAACGAAUACUUAGAAAACAAUCAGGUGGAACGAGACAAGCUGAGUCUGCAGCUGAAAGACAUGAAGAGGAAUUCCAGAUUGGGUGUCCUUUACGAUCUCCAUAAGCAAAUUAAAACGCUUGAGCGCUGCAUCAGGAGACUCGAGUUCCACAUUAGUAAGGUGGAUGAACUCUACGAAGCUUUCUGCAUUCAGAAGCGACUUUACGAUGGAGCCUGCAAGAUGAAGCUCGCCUUUUCUGUCUCGCCAUGCACCAAACGUGCCCGGGAGAGUUUGGCGGAGAUCAGCAGGCUUCAAAAGGAAUACAGGGAGAACAUGUGCACCAUUGAAGGGGAGCUCCAGAACCUGUUGGGAGAAUUCCACAUUAAAAUGAAAGGUCUUGCUGGCUUUGCUCGUCUCUGCCCAGGAGAUCAGUACGAAAUAUUUAUGCACUAUGGCCGUCAGCGUUGGAAAAUGAAAGGGAAGAUCGAAGUUAAUGCAAAGCAAACCUGGGACGGAGAAGACAUGGUGUUCCUACCGAUGAUUCGGGACCGCAUCACAAUCAAGGUGGUUGAAUCAAAGGGCCUUACUGCCCACGUUUUGGUGGGAUGUGUCAUUUGUGAAACCAAAAACUUAUUUACUUCUCAGCCUCAGACGGUCGCGGUGGACAUCAAUGACCUUGGCACCAUCAAACUCAACCUGGAAGUCAUAUGGUAUCCAUUUGACUUGGAGGAGUUCAGUCUGCCCACUGGGAAUGUGAAAAAAGUCUGUGCACUGCAACGACGGAUCUCCAUCUACAGCCACGUCACCCCCGAGUCACCCACUUUUAGCGACAUGUCGUUUUUUAUCCGUUCUCCCAUCUCAGCUGAGGACUUCUCAAGUUCUGUCAGAUUGACGGUUGGGUUCUUGGUCACACCUCCCUUAGGCUUCAGCUUUGCAUUUCUAACACGACUUUGUAUUUUUCAGCCUUCUACUCCUAAUGACUCAUUAGAAAACGGAAUCGCAGCCAACAGUCUGAGUGAUUUUUCCAUGGUCUUCAAUGAGCCCACCAGAAGGCACUCUAUCCAGUUGUCCAUAGGCACAGCCUCGGACUUUGACCAGAGCAAUCCUGAGAUUACCAUUACACCUCCAGACAACGACACCACAUCAUGCUCCACAGAGGAAGAGGAAACCACGGUUAGUUUAAUCAUCCAAGAGGACAUGUUGGACAUUGAUGACACCAAAUCUGGGGAAUUUGGACACAAUGAGACUUCACUUUUCACUUUUGGUCACUGUCCCCUGUUGUCUAACCCCAUGAGCCACGACCUUCAUUCAGACUCCAAUGUUUCUGAUUGCCUCCUGCAAGACACGGAUGACACGUCUGAACUGAAGCCUGUGGAGCUGGACACCGACGAGGGGAAUAUUACCAAGCAGCUGGUGCAGAGGCUGGCCUCCAAUGAGACUCUGGUGGACCCCAGCAGGACACAUUACGACGGCCUGCCAAACCAGCAGGCACAAAGCCACAGGUGUGUUCUCUCGGGGAAGUUAGAGGAGUCCAUUUAUGAAGUUUGUCGCUUGCUAGAAUCCCUACAAGAAAUGCACCCGGAGUUGCAGGCACUGAAACAGGAGGUGAUGCGCUUGGAGGAUCUGUUGAAGUGCAAGGCAUCCUGGCAGAGCAGCAGGUCUUCCAGUCUGAGCCUCACCGUGGAGAGUGCCCUAGAAAGUUUUGACUUCCUCGACACCUCCGAUUUUGAAGAUGAUGAAAAUGGUGAUAAUCAGGAUGGGUUUCAAAGAAGUUCCAUGUCACCCUCAGUGUACCUUGAGAUGGAUAUAGAAAAGGAUUGUUCAGAGAGCAACGAUACUAUGAGCCACCUGAGUGACACACUGGCAGAUAACACGGAGUUUGGCCAAAGCGGAGGGGCCGCCUGCUCGCCUUUGACAGCAGGAGGUGACAGCCUGGACUUGGCCAUUGUCACACAUUUACAAUACUGCAUCCAGCUCUUAGAGCAGCUGAUCUCCUCCGAGGGAGAUGCACUUCUACAGAAGAUCUUCCUUGAGAAAAUCACCGACCAAGCUCUGGUGUUGGGGACCAUCGGAGAAUUUAGCAUGGAAAGGACUGGAAUCGCCUCCUCGGCGGCAGAAGUAAUUCCAGCUCUUAAUGAAACACCAGCCCUGCUAUCAUUCUGGGAAGAGUGUGCCGGACCGAACAACGUCUACUACACCAGCGCAGCCACAGUGAGGAAGAACAUGAGCGACUGCAUUGCUCACUGCCAUAAGUGCCCAGACAGUAUUGGAGCAGGUAAGCCCAUUGGGUCUAUCGUCAAGGAAAUGGUGGGGAGGAACGAGCUGGCCUCCUCUCUCUUCUCUCCUUCCAGUUCUCCUCAGGAAGUGAUAACUCUCUUCCAGUUUUAUACGUAUGUUAAAAAACAUAACGUUCGCAAUAUUGAAGAUCUUCUGACUCAUAUUUUUGAUCAAGGUAUGUGAUCAUUUCUGGAAAGAAGACAAGGAAUUUGGUCAGAAGGGUGUUCUUAAAAGGCAAGAAGAUGCAGAACAUCAGAUAUCUGCAAGGAUGUACGGGUGUUUCAGAGUCUCCAAGUGAAUGGCCCUGUUCUGUUUCAACAAGAAACGGUCAAAAAGAUUUUAAAUACGGGAUUGGAAGAUUUAACGUGGUCAAAACUUUACAAACAGGGGUCAAAACCAAAAAGACAAAGCAAUCUUUCGCCAAGCUAGAAACGCAAGACAAGAAUUUAAAAACCGUUGAACGAGAAGAAAGUCCAAAUAUCGGGAUCAGAAAGUUUUUUUUAUCCAAAACGGGGAUAAAUUAGUCCUGCGGUGGGCUGGCACCCUGCCUGGGGUUUGUUUCCUGCCUUGUGCCCUG